AGGUUUUUAGUAUUUUAGACACAAACAAUAUCAGAGUCCCCUCGCCCAAGUUGCUUGGAAACUCAAGGGGUUCAUGGCAGGGUGAAGAAGCCGCCACCAAUCCCUUUUAUCUCUCUCUAAAACUCUAUCUUUCUCUCUCUAAAACCCUCUCACCAUUUCUGAUUAUGUUACGAUCAAAGCACCUCGGGACCCUUUCCCAAUCCGCUAGGUCCUUCUUCCUUAGUGGGACCCGCUGUAAUGCAGGAGAUGGAAGUUCUUGCACUUGUACUGAUGACGAAACUUGUAUUUCAAGAAAGCAGAAUACUAGAAACCAAGUGCGACAUGUACAACCACCAUCCACCUUAGUAUCCAAAACUUCAGCAGUGGUAGGCAGCGUAGGCUCUUUGAUCACUGGAGAUGCAGUUAAAGGGGUAAAUCCCCCCAAAGCAGAGAGAGUCGAAUACCCAGCUUCUCUACCACAAGUUAUAGCAGCUCCCAAUUCUUUGGGGACAAGAGAUUGUGUCAAUUAUGCUAGCAGUGAAAUGGUGCACUCAUCGCCUCCUAUUGGCGACCAAUUUGUUAAGGCGGGAAUCGCGGCUGUGAGUUUUUUGUCCGAUUUGGCUAACUACAAGAUUCCUAUGUCUGAUGGGAGUGGAAUGCUUAGCUCACCCCAGAAUUGUGUGGUUGAUCGUGCAACAAGCAUCAAAUCCUCAAAUGUGAGAACCUAUAGAAAAGACAUAGGCCAAGGGAAAUCUUCCACUGGGACAGAAGCCGGUCCAACCCCAAAAGUGAACUCUCAUGUUGCAAAAGGUAGAGGUGAAAAAUCUGGUUUGGGUAAUGGUAUCAAUACUGUUUCAAAUAAAGGAGACACUAAUCCGGUACCCUCAUAUUCGUGCGAUAUGAAAAAGACUCUGCCACAGAGAUCAAAAGGCCAGGCAACCCGUUUCAUGUCCACUGUACAAACUUCUGAAGGAAAGUUUGUGGGAAAUGUUGCAGAAGGUUUGGACAGGUUCCCAAGAGAUAGGAGAACACCUAAUGGAGUUGCUCCCGUCAAUAAGCAGUUUUCAAGCAACGGGCGUGUGGUGGAAACGGUUUCUCACCUAUUGCGACAGCUGAAGUGGGGUCCAUCGGCAGAAGAAGCUCUCGGGAAGCUUAACUGUUCAAUGGAUGCAUACCAGGCGAACCAAAUCCUUAAGCAGCUUCAAGACCAUUCGGUGGCUCUUUCCUUCUUCUACUGGUUGAAACGACAAAAUGGGUUUAGGCACGAUGGGCAUACUUACACCACCAUGAUUGGCCUCCUUGGACGUGCAAGGCAGUUUGGUGCGAUAAACAAGUUGCUAGAACAGAUGAUCAAGGACGGAUGUAAGCCCAAUGUUGUGACAUAUAACCGUAUCAUUCAUAGUUAUGGUCGCGCAAAUUAUUUAAAUGAAGCAGUCAAUGUUUUCAAGCAAAUGCAGGUGUUUGGGUGUGAACCAGACCGUGUAACUUAUUGUACACUCAUUGACAUCCAUGCAAAAGCUGGAUACCUCGAUUUUGCAAUGUACAUGUAUCAAAGGAUGCAAGAGGUGGGCCUCUCUCCUGAUACUUUCACUUACAGCGUCAUCAUCAAUUGCCUUGGGAAAGGCGGUCAUUUGGCAGAUGCCCAUAAACUUUUCUCUGAAAUGGUGGGUCAGGGCUGUGAACCUAACUUAGUCACUUAUAACAUCAUGAUUGCUUUGCAUGCAAAAGCGAGGAAUUAUUCGAAUGCUCUAGAUCUUUAUCACAAGAUGCAGAAUGCGGGUUUUGAACCAGAUAAUGUGACGUACAGUAUUGUAAUGGAGGUUCUUGGUCAUUGUGGAUAUCUUGAAGAAGCAGAAGCAGUUUAUGCUGAAAUGAAGCGAAAGAACUGGGUACCGGAUGAACCUGUAUAUGGUCUCCUAGUUGACCUCUGGGGCAAAUCUGGGAAUGCAGAAAAGGCCUGGGGGUGGUAUCAAUCCAUGCUCGAUGCAGGUUUGUGCCCUAAUGUUCCAACGUGCAAUUCUCUGCUCAGUGCUUUCCUUCGGGUCCACCGUUUGUCUGAGGCUUAUGAUUUGCUUCAAAGCAUGCUUAGUUUGGGCUUAAAACCUUCCCUACAGACCUACACUUUGUUACUCAGUUGUUGUACGGAAGCCCAAACGUCUUUCGACAUGGGUUUUUGCUGUGAGCUCAUGGCUGUCACCAACCACCCGGCCCACACCUUUCUAUUGUCGAUGCCAGCAGCAGGACCUGACGGCCAGAACGUCCGGGACCACAUGACCAGCUUCUUGGACUUGAUGCACAGCGAAGAUCGGGAAAGCAAGAGGGGUCUUGUUGACGCGGUGGUUGACUUUCUUCAUAAGUCAGGGCUCAAGGAGGAGGCGGGUUCUGUUUGGGAGGUGGCGGCAGAAAAGAAUGUAUACCCGGAUGCGGUCAGACGGAAGAGCUCGUGUUAUUGGCUCAUUAACCUCCACGUCAUGUCAGAUGGGACAGCCGUGACAGCCCUCUCGAGGACGCUUGCGUGGUUCCGGAAGCAGAUGAUCACGUCCGGGACUCAUCCGGGACGCAUUGAUAUCGUGACAGGGUGGGGCCGAAGGAGCAGGGUCACUGGUGCUUCCCUGGUGCGAGAGGCUGUGGAUAACUUGCUCCAGAGUUUUUACUCUCCGUUUUACACAGAGAGUAAUAAUACCGGGUGUUUUGUAGGGUACGGGGAGCCUCUUAGCCAAUGGUUAGUCCAGUCGUAUGUCGAGCGGAUGCAUUUACUGUAGUUUGCGACGCUUGUGCUCUGUUCGUAGGGUUUUUGUACAGUUCUGCGGUUCGGAAGAGUCGAAAGCCGAUGAGUGUUUGAAGCUUCGAAGAAUUCCGUUGCUGAUUCUUGUUGGUGUUUCUUGAGUGAAUUCUGUUUAUGCUAUCUGUAAUCGGCUUCUGUAACCAACGUUGACUGAGGUUUUAUUUAUAGAGCUCAUGCUCCAGCUGAAGCCACCCUCACUCAGUGUGGCUAAUUUUGAAUUGUAUUAUGGGGUUAUUAUAUCUAUUUAUUUGUUCUUUGAGAAAA